AUGGAGGUGCUCAGGCUGUACUCCGAAAUGCUAUGCAGUAAAGAUACUGACUCCCUGAUCAAGCGCUUCGCCAAGACCGUCACGAACAAGUGGCUGCUGUAUCUACUUUCAGAGACUUCGCCUGAGGUGGUUGUUCUGUCAGUGCGAAUACUCGCCCGACUACUGGUCGUUCAUGGCGACUCCUACGUCAAGAAGUUCAAAGAACGAACCGGGGGAUUCGCAAUCAUGGCACAUCGUCUGAAACGCUGGUGGCACCUGCCAGCUCUGUGGCCUUGCUCUUUUGCAAUCCUAUUCGACAUUGAUGUGGCAACACUCGACCUCGAUCGCCCAUUCGAUCUCUUCAGCUUCGUAGAGCUGUUCAGCGGUAAAAAGGAAUUGGUGGUCGCUCAUCCUGAGAUGGUUGAAGUCAUCAUGUCAAUGCUGCAAAGCGGUAUGAAAGCGAUUGUGUCAUCGCAUCAGCACAGUCAGCCAGGUCUUGCCGUUCCCCUGGACUCGAGCUCUGGUGCUUCGACGCCGCAGCGCCUCUCUAUGUCAACAAUGGCGCCUCCGAAUCCAUUAUUGACCAUCGUCACUCUUCAGCAUGUGGAAACGUUCAACACUGUUCUACGGUUCCUAUCAGAUUUGCACACAAGAUCUUCCAAGUUCCGAGAAUUCGCAGCAACAUCGCUAUAUGUUCAAGGACUUCUUAGCGUUCUGUUUCCCGUUGUGGUGGGCAGUGACAUUGUUGACGCAAGCACAGAGCUUGACGCGAGAGACUCGACUCUGACGUUUGAUGGAUCUGAUGUCGUGGUGCAGCCACUGUCCUCGAGCCCGCCGAUCAUACGCGCAUCAAACGUCGACGAAUCGCAGCUCACCUCGUCAAGAGGAAAGACUCUUCGGAGAGGCUCUUCAUUUGUCCUCGUCACGAAGGACAAGAGUCAUGCCAACGGUUCGCAGUCCAACCUGCGACAAUUCAUCACCCCGGCAUCUCCGGCCCAGCCUCUGCCACAGCUCAACGAGGGCAAUGCAAUUGUGCAGAGCCUGCUCGAGAUUGUUGUGUCAGUAUUCAUCGACCAAAUUGUGAUGAAGAAGGACUUCCCGGGCCUCGGGUUGUUCUUGAGGACGCCGCCGGGAUUCGUGGAACAUCAGUCCUAUUUCGAAUCUUGGAUACUUCGCAACACUGUGUCUCAGCUUUCAACGCAUUUUGCUCUGAAUCAGAAGUUGCUUCCUGAGCCGAAGGUGCUCACGAACUUGGCGAGAUUAUUCUCUCAUCUUGGAGAAGCACUUUUCGAGGGCUGGUUUGUUGGCGGCGCCGAAUCAGUGCUUGAUCUAUCGGGAUCCAUCCUGGAGUAUCUACAGCGUCCAGACAUCGCCGGCAUGAAAAGCGUCCGUUUGUGUGCGCAAGCGAUCGGCGUGAUCCGGGCUGUUGUGUUUCGGACCGUGCUGCUGACUUUGUCGCAGCUCCAAAACGCAGAGUCGCUUGCCUUCUUGGAAAAGCUCAGCUACUGGCAGAACGUGCUUCUCUCCACAGAAGAGACUCAAUCUCUCCACUUGCAGUUGAUCUGCUAUCUGUUGUACGCCAGCCUUGUGUCGGAACAACAAGGCGUUCGCAAUGCUGCAGCGAAUUUGUGGCGCAUUAUACUCGUGCAGAAGCCUACUGAAGCGGCGGCUAUCCUCGGACAGGCUGACACAGCCCAGCAAAAGCGUUUGGCGUCAAGUUUCGAGAAGCUUGUAGAGUUGGACAACGAAACCUUUCUCUACUGGAUAGAUGAGCACCGUGAAGAGUUGGAUUCUCUGUUCUUUGAGACACUCUCUCGAACUUGGGAACGUUUCGUGGCCGAAGAAAACAAGCGUACGGAAGAGAACGCCCGAGGCAGAAUUGCCAGACGGCGAGAGAAGCUGAAGACCUGGGCUCGCGACGAAUCAGAUCGUGCAGCACUUAUUCGUCGUCAUGAAGUGACAUUCGACCACUGGACGAGCAAUAUCUUCUCGUCUGAACACCUGAAGCAUCAACGUCUACUUCAGGAUCAGCAAGACGAUCUACUCUUCGCUGAGACUGCUUACGCAAAGAUGGAAAGAGACACUACGGGGCAUGCAGGAGUCUUUGCGAAGCCCAAGCAAAGAAAGUGGCGUCUCGACCAGACUGAAGGACGAAACAGAAUGCGCAUGCGCCUCCAUGAAGAUUAUGAAAAGACGGAAAACGAAUGGCAGCCCAAGAGGAAGGGCACAGAUACUCCAGCGCUGCAGCUAGAUACCAGGAAUGUCAAGAUUGGAGGUGCAGAAGUAGCCGCCACUCCUAUUGGCCCGUCGGCCACAGACUCACCAAAGGACCCAUCUAAUGGAAGCGAGCCCUUCCCAGAGGUUCCGCAGAACGAAGACGAUGGUAACGCUGGCGACGUCGAUGAGAGCUUCGAGCUCAUUGAGGAUCCAAAUGCGGAAAUCGAAGACAACGAAGACAAGAACCGGAAAGUCAUGCGCAGUUUGCACCGUGGUGAUCAGGUCAAGCAUGUUGCCAAUAUCUCUCGAAUCCUGGGUCUGGAAGCUGUCGAAGGACUUCUCAUCCUCGGCAAGGACCACGUCUACCUGAUGGACAAUUUCUUCCAACGCGCCGAUGGCGAGAUCGUGAAUGUGUCGCAAGCGCCACAGGAAGAGCGCGAUUUCUACAUUCGAGAGAUCUCUGGCAGGGAUGUGAAAGUUAACAAAGCCACAGCAAGAGACAACGAGCAUGAAGUCAGAAGCUGGAAGUGGUCUGAGGUCAUCAGUGUAUCAAAAAGACGCUUCCUCUUCCGAGACGUGGCCAUAGAGAUGUUCUUUGGGGACGGACGCAGUUACCUGCUUACUGUCAUCUCACCGACUGCCCGCAAUGACCUUCAUGGUUUGAUCAGUGCCAGAGCACCUCAAUUUGGCGCUCCAGACAGUCCACAAUCAGAGUUCGCCUGGCGCUACGAAACACUGAAAUCCGUUGAGGAUGAGCCACAAGGCUUCGGAAGCCGCUUUGCCAAUGUUUUCAGCAACUCAUCUGCCAUGGCUGCGACGAAGAAAUGGCAGAAAGGCGAGCUCUCGAACUUCCACUAUCUGAUGCUGGUCAACACACUGGCUGGUCGAACAUACAAUGACUUGACACAGUAUCCUGUCUUUCCUUGGGUCAUUUCGGACUACACUAGCGAAGAGCUCGAUCUCAACGAUCCGAAGAGCUUCCGAGAUUUGUCAAAGCCGAUGGGUUGCCAAACACCAGAGCGAGAGGCAGAAUUUCGUGAUCGGUAUAAGUCUUUCGCAGAGAUGAACGAUUCAGAUCCACCGUUCCACUACGGCACUCACUACUCAACUGCCAUGAUUGUCACAUCCUACCUGAUCCGCCUCCAGCCAUUCGUCAAGUCGUAUCUGUUACUGCAGGGAGGGUCUUUUGAUCACCCAGAUCGAUUGUUCUUUUCCAUCGAAGGGGCAUGGCGCUCGGCAGCUCGUAUGAACAUGACUGACGUCCGAGAGCUUACACCGGAAUUCUUCUAUUUGCCAGAGUUUCUGGUAAAUCUGAACGGGUUCGACUUCGGAAAGCGGCAGAACUCCUCAAAAUCCAUUGGUGAAGUCGAACUCCCGCCGUGGGCGAAAGGUGACCCCAAAAUCUUCAUUGCAAAGAACCGAGAGGCUCUUGAAAGUCCCUACGUGAGCAAGAAUCUACAUCACUGGAUCGAUCUGGUAUUCGGAUCCAAGCAAAAAGGCGAUGCGGCCAUCGAAGCUGUUAAUGUCUUCCAUCACCUUUCGUACCAGGGGGCGAAGGAUCUGGACGCCAUUGCUGAUCAGCGGGAGCGGCUUGCGACAAUUGGUAUCAUCCACAAUUUUGGACAGACACCAUACCAGGUAUUUCAUCGACCACACCCAGCACGCGAACAGAAUCGACAUAAAUACAAGCGCCUAGACACUGCAGCCGAAUCAUUGACGCGACUGCCUGAGCCGCUGCUUGACACAGGAGAAAGAGUGGCUUCGCUGACGCACUCCUGGAAAAAUAAUCAUGGACAGCUGCUCUGUUCCGGACCCUUCAGAAUCAAUAUGCCUCCGCACUUCGAGUACUACAUGGAAUGGGGCUUUACAGACAACAGCGUUCGCUUCUACAACAAGGAUCGAAAGCAAGUCGGUCUCUUUGAACAUCUGCACAUCGGUCAGCUUUCAUGUGCAAUCUUCGCCGACUCCAAGACACUCAUUACAGCAGGCGUAGACUGCACUAUCGCCGUGUGGACUCUCCACUUCAGCGGCAAGCACGUUGAGCUCCAGCCCAAAGCACCACUAUUCGGCCACAAGAAGCCACCCAACGUCAUGGCCAUGUCCAGAUCCUUCAAUGCUCUCUUCACUACGUCGGCCGCUGGCGAGCUCAUGCUCUGGGAUCUCAAUCGCUGCGAGUUCGUUCGCAAGAUCGACCGCGUUUUGGGUGCAGAGGUGCAGUGCGCAUGCGUGAACGAUGUCACCGGCAAUGUGAUCCUGUGUGCUGGCUCGCAGAUCAGCGUGUACACUAUCAACGGCGACCUUGAAUGGCUCGAGCGGGAUAUUAUCUUCACGGGGCAUAAAUGGGGUGUGGUGAGGGUGUGGAGCCUGGUUAUAUCGCAGGAGGGGAAGUUCGAGUUGGAGUUGAUACGGCAGUUGAAUCAUGUUGAUACUGGGAGAGGUGACGGCGGGAAUGUUGCAGGAAGUGUGACUUGUAUACUGCCGAAGCCGCAGGUUGUGUACACUGGCUGGAGGAUGGAAGAGUGUAUGAAUGGGACUGUGUCCAACGAAACUAGACUUGCGAAGAUGGGCUUCUCCGACAUAUGCAUAGCGAUAGGGUCCCAAGCGUCUGAGCUCGCUUCUCUUCUCCUCCCACAUUCCUCACUGAACAAUAGCAUUGACACCUUGUCCAUACUGCAGUCCGCGCCAUACUACUCAAUCAAGCAGGUCGCCGAUACUUACACGGUGCUGCUUUGCAACGGCAAGGAACCACUCUUCCUACUCAAGCUCAGUCUUGACUCUCGACUGCCGCAAGGGAGUGUCUUCCCGUCAACGUACCGGAGUGACGCUACAUCUGAGGAAGUUACCAAAACCAAAGUAGAAGGGGAAAUCUCCAAGCAAGAUCUCGAGGGGCGAGGCGGACGGGUCACCAAGGAGCAGGUCGACAUCAACAUCAAGGACGAUCGUUACAGGGAUCGUGACGAUUUUCGGGUGUACGAGAAGACUGAUCGAGUUGUGAGGGACGAUCGCCACCCAGCAGGCUACUACAAAGACACCAAAGUCGACAUCGAAGUCGACGCCGUCAAGAAGUCUACGACCAAGAAACGCGCAACCAACCCGACCUACGACGUCGAGUACGAGCGCCGCCGUCCCGCCGGCCAAACUACCACCGAAGUCCAUCACCACCGUGACAUGGGCUACUACGACGACGAAGGCCAUUACCACAGCUUCCGCCGCGGAGUAGAACGCGCCGCCGACAAGAUCCUGCACCCCUUUUCCCACCGCGACCACCACCACCAUCACCACCACGACAACGUCGUAGUCGACGAACGCCGCGAAGAAGUCGACGUCGAAGUCUCUAGCCCAUCUCGUGUCCGCGACGGUAAUCGCGAGCAAAUCCGCUAUUCUUCCCGCCCGUCCCGUGGUCCCAGCACCAGCGGCAUGUCUCGCUUCGACACAGUCACCAUCCCCUGCCACUUCAUCCGCAUCGGCGACCUGAUCAUCUUGCAGGGCCGGCCAUGCGAGGUCAUCAAGAUCAGCUUGUCCAACAACACCGGCCAGUACCGCUUCUUGGGAGUCGACCUCUUCACCAAGAAACUCCAGGAGGAGUCGUCGUUCAACACCAACCCUGAACCCUCUGUUUAUGUGCAGAGCAUGCUGGGACCUGUGUUCCGCCAGUAUAGGAUAUUGGACAUUAGGGAGGAUGGGCUGUUGGUGUGCAUGACGGAGAGUGGCGAUGUGAAGCAAGGAAUCCCUGUGAUCGACAACAACGGGUUGUGGAGCAAGAUUCAGCGAGAAUUCGAGGGAGGCCGGGGAAGCAUCAGGGCGCUGGUGAUUAAUGAUGGGGGGAGGGAGUUGGUUGUGGAUUAUAAGGUCAUUCACGGGAGUCGUUUGUAG